UGUAAGUUCAAAUUCAAACUGUGAUGACAACAGCAUUGAUACUCAAAAGAAUAGUAUAUCCUCUAGAUCACAUGACAAAAAACUAAUGGUAAAUGUGGACAACUCAAUAUCUCGAUCAUGUGACCUUGACAACUCAGCAUCGUCCAGAUUAUAUGACAAGAAACCAGAAGGGAACGUUUCAAGACUGGAUACUCACAUGGACAACUUAUUGUCUAGAUCACAUGACAGAUCACAUGAUUUGGAAAACUCAUCACCAUCCAGAUCACUUGACUUGGAUAACUUGGAGUCAUCUAGAUCAAAUGACAAUACAUCAGAGUUAAUGGAAUCGCCUGGAAAGGAAGAAGAAGUACAACAGACGCCAGAACUCUACUCUUCAGUCGAUGAGGAACAUAUAUUGCAGUAAUGAAACCAAGAAAAGUUUACAUAAGGAGACCCCCUCGGCCAUUUACAUAUGCCUCUUUGAUACGACAGGCUAUUGUAGAAUCUCCUAACCGUAACUUAACAUUAAGUGAAAUCUAUCGAUGGUUACACAAUGCAUAUUCAUAUAAACAGAUUGAUGAUAUAACCACAAUGAAGAACAAUGCCAGACAAGUUCUGAGUUUUAAUAAAUGUUUUGUCCGAGUAACAAAUGAAAAGAAUGAAGGAGUAUGGACAGUUAAUGAGAAGGAAUUCGACAAACUUAUUGCACCACAUAGAAGAUUAGAUGGAAGCAGUGAAUCUGUAAAGAAUUCCAAUUCAGUGAUUAAGAACACCAAACAGCAACCAGAGCAGAAUGACCAUCUUUACCAAAUAUCACAAGAAGCUGCUGUAAAUUUUGAAGUUGAUGACUGUAAUGAAGAAUUAUCAAGAAAAGCUGGCCAACCAGAGGACAAUGAACAUCAUUACCAAGUAUCACAGGAUACUGCUCUUAACAUUAAUGUUGAUGGCUGCAAGGAAGUAUUACCUAGAAAAGCUGGUGAACCAGAGCCUGUACAAAAACUACAGAAUCUUGUGAACAAGAAGCUAUUUUGAUCACAUUAUCAUCACUACGACCACAACUUCACAGGAACAGAUCUGCAGAUUCAUGACAAAAAUAAAUUGUUUGUUUUAUCA